UACAGCGAGGCGUAAGGCUAUGUUUGGAGCAAAGAAAUAGUAAGCCAUAAAACAAAGUUUGGUCCAUAUAUAAGCAAAAACGGCAGUGGAAUUUGACCGACCGACCAAGCAACUAACCUCAGGAAGCCGAGAAACAAAGGAAGAUAGAAGAAGAUGGCGUCAGGAUGGGGGAUAACGGGAAACAAAGGAAGAUGCUACGAUUUCUGGAUGGAUUUCAGCGAGUGUAUGUCACGUUGCAGGGAGCCCAAAGAUUGCUCUCUUCUUCGUGAAGACUAUCUUGAGUGUCUUCAUCACUCUAAAGAGUUCCAACGACGAAAUCGGAUAUACAAAGAGGAGCAGCGUCAGAUAAGAGCUGCUGCACAGAAAGCAAAAGGUGGAGAUGCACAUGGAGAUGGAGUUCCUCAUCACUAGUGUAAAGUUAUCCUUCUUUAUGGGUUAUUAUAAUAAAUGAUUGAAGUGUGCAAUCUAUUCUAUUUCUGAAAAUUUGGUGCAAUUUUGUGCGCUUCUUUGUUGUAACGAGCUGUUGAGUACCUAGUCGUCAGCAAGAUGCUGAUGAUAUUGUCGAUUUAAGAUUUGAGCACAUUAUUUCUCAAAGUUAAUCACUUUUGUUGUGUUUUUCGCAA